UGUUUUAUUUUAUUUAAAAUCUUUAAUAAUGGCAAAAAAGAAAAAAGGGGAAGCUUGGGGGGAAAAUGGAUUUGAAGAUUGGGGUGGAUACAUGGCUGCUAAACAAUCUAAAUUACAAGAACAAUUUCUAGACGAAGCAAGUAAAGGAACGAAAACAUCUAAUUUAUUUCAAGGAAUUGCAAUUUUUGUGAAUGGCUAUACUAAUCCAACUGCAGAUGAACUUCGGCAUUUAAUGAUGGCACAUGGAGGUAUAUAUCAUCAUUAUAUGAGGCCAAAAGUAACAACUCAUAUUAUUGCAUCUAAUUUACCAUAUUCAAAGAUCCUUGUGUAUAAACAAAAACAAAAUCCAGUUCCUGUAUGUAAACCUGAAUGGAUCGUGGAUAGUAUAAAGGCUAAUAGAGUCCUAAAUUUUCAAAAUUAUUUGCUUUACUCUCAUUGUACAAAUGUACAACCCCAAUUAAAAUACAUAAUAAAAAAUAAAGAAGAUAAAGCAAGUGUUAAUAUUGAAACACAUAAUGAUGCACAAAACAAUAAUGAAAUAAAUAAUCUAAAAGAUAAUAAUAAAAUCGAAACCAUAAAACAUACUUCUGUGAAUCAAGAUACUUCAAAUCAUAUAUUACCAACUACUUCAAGAAAUGCUCUUUCCACAAAAAAUUCAGAAUUUAUAUCAGAAUUUUAUAAUCAUUCGCGAUUACAUCAUAUUGCAACAAUGGGAACAACUUUCAAGGAUUAUGUUAAUGAACUAAGAGAUGAAAGCAAUGGGGAAUUCCCUGGUCUUACUAAGUUAAAAGAAUUAAAAGGUACAAGAUUGGACAGAUUAUCGUUUGGAUCUCAAUUAAGCUUUAAUAUCGAACCAGUUGAUUUACAAGAGGAAAAUAAGAUAGAAGUUAAUCAGGGUUCUAUUAUAAUGCAUAUAGAUAUGGAUUGCUUUUUUGUCUCAGUUGGUCUUAGAGAUAGACCAGAGUUAAAAGGCUUACCUGUUGCAGUGACACAUGCGAAAGGCAAUAAAAGUUCUGCAAGUAUCGAUAAUAAACAAACCAUAAAUAAAAAUGAAGAACAGGGUUCACUAUCAGAGGUAGCAUCUUGUUCCUACGAAGCAAGGAAAGUUGGUGUACGAAAUGGCAUGUUUUUAGGAGAGGCACUAAAACUAUGUCCCAACUUAAAGACAAUACCAUACAACUUUGAAGGCUAUACAAAAGUUUCUUACAUGUUGUAUGAUAUCGUAGCAUCAUACACAUUAGACAUUGAAGCAGUUAGUUGCGAUGAAAUGUAUGCAGAUUGUACAAAGAUAAUGGAAGAAUCUUGUUUAACACCAAUGGAAUUUGCAACUGUAAUUAGACAGGAAAUAAAAGAACAGACAGGUUGUCCUGUGUCAACAGGAUUUGGGAAUAAUAAAUUAUUGGCAAGAUUAGCAACAAGGAAAGCAAAGCCAAAUGGUCAAUUUUAUAUACAGCAAGAAAACAUAAACGAUUGUAUUGGUAGCUUCAAUGUACAAGAUUUACCAGGGGUUGGGUGGACAACAACGCAUAAAUUAAACAAUAUAAAUGUUCGAACAUGUGCGGAAUUGCAAAAGAUACCAUUAGCGACGUUACAAAAAGAAUUUGGCAAAAAAACGGGUGAAAUAUUAUAUAACAUGUGUCGGGGAAUAGAUAAUGGGAAGCUUAAUCUAGAACAUGUUAGAAAAUCUGUGUCCGCAGAGGUCAAUUACGGGAUAAGAUUUGAAAGUAACGAUGACGCGAUUGAUUUUUUAAAAAAGUUAUGUUGCGAAGUGUGUAAUCGAUUAAGUAAAGCCAAUGCGAAAGGUAGAUGUAUCACGUUAAAACUUUUGAUCAGAGCGAAAGAAGCACCGAAAGAAACGGAAAAAUUUAUGGGACACGGAUUGUGCGAUUAUAUAACAAAAUCAAAAAAUCUUAUUGCUCCUAUUAACGAUGUUGAUAUUAUAACAAAGGAAGUCAUUAUACUUUGGAAUCAAAUGCAAAAAGUACCCGAAGAUGCGAGAGGCAUCGGUAUACAAAUAUCUAGAUUAGAAAUAUUAAAAACUAAAUCUCGCAAUGCAACUUUAACAAAUUUUCUUAAAAACAAGCCAAGUAACACGGUUCAUCAUUCUGUUGAAGCAAAUAAGAGUAAUAAAGGUCAAAGUCAAUUCGGUCUAAAUUUAAACGCUGUUGCGUCAGCCCCCGAAAAUAUUAAUAACGAAAAAAAAUUGGAUAUACCGCCUGAUAUCCACGAGUCAGUUCUUCUCGAGCUUCCAAAGGAAAUACAAAAUGAAAUUUUAAACGUUAACCAGAAUAAAAAAUUAGUAGAAAAUAAUCGAGACCAAGCGAUCGUUGUUGAUGUAGUACAGACAAAUGAAAGAGGAUCUCAAAAAAAUGUACAAACGCAUCAUGAACAUUUUUUUAAACAAACUAAAGCAGGCAUUUCAAGGCCAACAAAGGUGGCAAUGCCACCUAUACAAGAAAUCGAUAUGUCCGUUUUGAUAGAAUUACCCGAAGACAUACGAAAUGAAAUUCUUAACGAGUAUAGCGCUAAAAAACGUGAAAACAAAAUUAAUAUUAAUACAGAUAACAAUAGUUGUACAUCUUCAAUUAGCAGACAACCUUGUGCAAAAAUUAAUUACGACGAACAAAAUAUAUCUUAUUCGCAAGUAGAUCCGGACUUUUUAGCCGCGUUGUCGGAUGAUUUAAGACGCGAUGUCCAAAUGUAUUGUUCUGUGAAAAAGGAAGAACGUUCGGAAAAGCAAAGGAACGAAAUAAGUCGUGAUACUGCAACGACGAAAAAUGAAAAUGUAAAACACAAUAAAAAGAUAGAACAUAACGCAAAAAACAAAAAUAGCGGUAAAAAUCUUAAAACAAUUUCUAAAAACAAAAAGAAAAACAUACAAACGACAUCUAAGACGGUUAAAAAUGUGAGCGAAUCUGAGAAUAUAUCGAGUAAUAAGGCCGAUGUCGGUAUUGCAAAAUUUAUACCUUGUACAAGGAAAAACGAAUCUGUUAAUAACGAAGUUACCGCAGAUGAAGCUGAGGCAAUUCUUUCUCAUAAUUUUACUAUCUCGCAAGAUAAUGACAUUGUAAAUCAACAUCAAGAUAUUCUAAUCGAUCUCGUAAAUCGUUUACUUAAUCUACCACUAGAACAGGCAAAAAUGCAAAUACAAAUGUGGGUUACUAAUUCUAAAAUCGUGAACGAAGUAGACUUUCUAUCGCUUGCAACAUUUCUUAGCAUGCUUCCGGAGAAGAGACGUAUUGAAGAUUUACAUGUAUUACUGAAAACCAUGCAUAGAUGUAUGACAAAAACUGGAAAUUGCAUUUGGCAUGGGACAUAUAGGAAAACAGUAAAAUACGUUCAACAUUAUAUGCAAAUUGAAUAUAACAGCAACCUCAUGAUACCACCAAUCAAAUGCAACCUUUUGCAGUGUAACAAUGAUGUAAUGUAA